CUUUCUCUAUAAUCAAAUCGGCCAUUCAACGACGCCCCGCUCGCUCCCUCUUCCGUCUCUGCGCCGUCGCGGCCAUCGAUCGACUUCGAAGGAGGCGCGGCCUGCAUCCCCCACCUUCCCUCAACCAAGUUUUUAACUCAACCACAUGUCCAAGGCACGCAACGCCGUAGUUGUCACUGGCUUGGUGAUCUUUGCUGGUUCUGGCCUAGCAUUUCCCUUCUACUUUGUGAAAUCAAAGAACAGGCCUAUUAUCGAUUCGACGAAGCCUCUGCCACCGCAGGCUACUUUCCGAGGGCCGUAUGUGAACACCGGAUCACGUGACAUAGGGCCCGAUCCCACCGAGUACCCCAAGAAGUGAUAUGUAUUUCGCCAUCUUGUUUUCUCUUUGUUUUCAAUGGGCAUGCAGAAAACCAGUGAGGCAGUGAGUGGAACCCUAUGAUGCUGGUUUACCAGUGGGACGAUGAUAAUCGGCUCAGUAUGCGACUGUAGUGGCAGAUUAGCUUCGGUUUCAGGUGUUGUGUGCAGAGCGCAUGUAUUUGUACCUAGUUCUUCAUGAAUCGUAGGCGCUUUUGAUCGUUUCUUGUGCUCCAGUGACUAUUCCUUCCAAAGCGCUGUGCCGCUUUAUCUCUUUUCGGCAAUAAAUAAAUAAAAUGUCAAAGCUACUCA